AUGUUCAGAACUGGAAGGCGACAACUUUGGAAACAAAGCGUUUCAAAAGUUUUAAAGCAAAAACUGAAAGAGGAGAAAGAAGCCAAGCGAGCUCAUCUGGAUGGUAGACAUGACUAUAUACUGUCAGUUGUUUCUGCUUGUGUGAACCUGGAGAAAAAUGAAGUGGAAGAUGCUGUCCUUGAAGGAAAUCAGAUUGAGCGUAUUGAUCAAUUCUUCACUGCUGGAGGUUUUCGUCAUGUCAUGUUUUAUUAUCAAGACAUGGAGGCACCAGAAAUAGGUAUGCAAAGAAAUGCCUGUGGAACUAACCCUCCUUCUGCUAAAACCAAAAAGACCAAAUUAUUUGUGACAGAAGGAGAUGAUGUUGCUUUAACUGGUGUAUGUGUGUUCUUCAUUAGAACUAAUCCUUCUAAAGCAAUUAAUGCAGAGAAUAUCCAUCGUGAAGUAGUUUUCAAUAUGAUGGACACAGCAAAUGGUGGUUUGCUAAACAGUGUUCAGCAUUUGCUAUCUGAUAUCUUCAUCCCUGCUUUGAAGACUGUGAACUAUGGUUGGGGAGAGAUGAGUAGUUCCCAGGAAGGGGCUAACAUCAAGCGGGACUUCAUUGCAUCCCUGGAGGGAUUUGUUAGUGUCCUUUCGGGAGCUCAACAGAGCCUGAUGGAGAAGGUGGUUCUGAAGAAGUGUGAAACCUAUGAUCUGAAAAUGCUAAAAGGACCAGCAGAUUUUCUGGUGGCAGCAAAUAGCAUGGAAACUGUGGAACGAAUAGAAGCCUGCGUGAAAGUGUGGAUUAAGCAAAUUGAACAGGUCAUUGCUGAAAAUAGCCAGCUACGGAAAGAGGCAGAUAACCUUGGUCCACGAGCUGAGCUGGAUCACUGGAAGAAGAGGCUAUCAAAAUUUAACUACCUACUGGACCAGCUCAAGACUUCAGAUGUAAAGGCUGUACUUGGUGUGCUUACAGUUGCUAAAUCAAAACUUUUGAAGAGUUGGCGAGAACUGGAUACUCGGAUCACUGAUGCAACAAAUGAAGCCAAAGACAAUGUGAAGUAUCUGUAUACCCUUGAAAAAUGCUGUGACCCUCUGUAUAACAGUGACCCUGUGAUCAUGGUAGAUGCUAUUCCAGGACUCAUUCAUGCUAUCAAAAUGAUCCACAGCAUUUCACGCUAUUACAACACUUCAGAGAAGAUAACUUCCCUGUUUGUAAAGGUUACAAAUCAAAUGAUAACAGCCUGCAAAGCAUAUAUUACUAAUAACAACACUGCCACCAUCUGGGAUCAACCGCAAGAUGUAGUUUUGGAAAAAAUACAAGCUGCUAUAAGACUUAAGCAGGAGUACCAAAACUGUUUUCACAAGACCAAACAGAAAUUGGAAGAGAAUCCAGCUGAACGGCAGUUUGAUUUUAGUGAGAUGUAUAUCUUUGGAAAAUUUGAAACUUUCCAUCGCCGCCUACUUAAGAUUAUGCACAUCUUCGAUACUAUCACAACUUACUCAAUUUUACAAGAGUCCAAGAUGGAAGGACUAGAAGUGAUGGCAACUAAGUAUCAGAGUAUUGUUGCCACUAUAAAGAAAAAGCAGUACAAUUUCUUAGAUCAGAGGAAAACUGAUUUUGACCAGGACUAUGAAGAGUUUUGCAAGCAAACAAAUGAACUACAUCACCAAUUACAGAUGUUUAUGGACACUACCUUUGAAAAGAUUUUGAACACAGAAAGAGCCCUUGAUAUGCUGAAGAAAUUUGAAAGGCUUGGAAUCCCUAAUCUUGGCAUUGCUGACAAAUAUCAGAUCAUCCUACAUAACUAUGAUCAUGACAUUGAGAUGGUCUCUAAGUUGUAUUCAAAACACAAGAAUGAUCCUCCUCUGGCUCGUAAUCUUCCUCCUAUGGCUGGUAAGAUCUUGUGGGCACGGCAACUGUUUCACAGAAUCCAGGAACCCAUGAAUCUCUUCCAAAAAAAUUCCACAGUUCUACAGACAGAAGAAGCAAAGCCCAUAAUCCGCAACUAUAACAGAGUGGCUAAAGUCCUUCUCGAGUUUGAGAUAGUCUACCACAGAGGAUGGCUUCAACAGGUUCAGCUAAUUAAAGCAGGACUUCAGGCAUCAUUAUUGGUGAAAGCUCCAGAAACUGGAGAAAUAUUUGUGAAUUUUGAUCCUGAGAUUCUCACCUUAAUCAGGGAAACAAAGUGCAUGGCACGUAUGGGGCUAGAAAUCCCACCAUUGGCCAUUGCUGUUCAAGACAAGCAUGACUCCUACAAGCAGAAUUUCAAUAAGCUACAGAUGAUGCUGGCAGAAUAUAAGAGAGUAAAAUCAAAAAUCCAAGCCCCACUUGAUACUCUAAUGGCUCCUCAUGUGGCUAAAGUGGAUGAUUCGAUCCAACCAGGAAUAACUACACUGACCUGGACAUCCCUAAAUAUUGAGACCUAUUUACAGAAUAUUUUCAGUAAACUUGAUAACCUUGAGCUGCUACUUGAUCAAGUGAAUGACUUAGUAGAAUUUCGUAUUAGUGCUGUUCUUCAAGAAAUCAGUACUGCGCCCCUCUGCUAUCUUCCCGAAGAUGAUCCACUGACCUGUGAGCAAUUCCUUCACAUGACAAAGGAGCUCUGUACUAAAGGAGUAUACACACUGCAUCUCAAGAGUUCAUUAGCAGAAGAAGCAACAAAUGAGCUUAUCAACAUAUUGUUAGACCUGGAAGCGCAGAACAAAGGGGAUGCUGGUGAGAGGUUUCUGAGUGGAAGCAGAACUGAAGGAAUUAAUGAAGAAGAAGAAGGGCCAUUGGACAUCUUAGCAUCCUCACAAACUGCUAGUCAGAUUUCAGUAGAAUUGUCUUCUCCUUUAACCAAGAAAAAAAAGAAAGAAAUGGAGAUGUUAGAAGAAGCAGCUCAGGAACUGCUUUCCCAUUUCAGUCAUCGCAAUGUUGAUGCUCUUCUGAAAGUUAUUCGUAACACUCUGGAGGCCAUACGCAAGCAAAUUCAUGCCUCUUCUGUGAUCAGUUUUGUAGAUAGUGAGAAUACCUCAAAGCAGAAACAAAAUGCUGUACCCAUCUUUAAGGCUGGUGUUAUCCUUUCUAUUCCAAAUUUUGCUAUAAUACCAACCCUUGAUGAAAUUCAGCAAACACUCAACAAAGCUGUGGAUUGUAUUGUAAGCACCAUGAAAGGAGUUGGUCAGUGGAGUAAGGAGAGACUAUCAAAGAAACAAUUGCUAGAACGCAAAAUGCUUGCUUUACGAAAUGAGGGAGGCAGUGAUUCUGAGACUGAAAUGAAAGACACUGAAGUUGGAAACACCCAUGAGAUUGCCUCUGUGAUCUUGCCUUCACCUAUCCAGAAAAAGAACUACUACAAAGUCAUUUCAGAGAACAAGGAAAUAAUUAAACUGAUGUCUGUUCUUAGUACAAGUAUAAAUUCUACCAAAAGGGAAGUUGUUUCAGCUUUGGAGCGUUUCAAAUGUUACCAUCACAUCUGGCAGAGAGAGAAGGAAGAAACCAUUGAAAGUUUCAUCAAGGGAAACCCUUUGCUCUCUGAAUUUGAAUCCCAAAUCCUUUAUUACCAAGACUUAGAAUUAAAAAUUAACUCAGAACCUGAAUAUAUACGUGUGGGAACUGUUGCAAUAUUUACUGUGGAUUUAAAGUUGGCCCUUACAACUGAAACCAAAGCUUGGAUGAUAGCAUUUGGACGUCACUGUAACAAGAAAUACAGGACAGAGAUGGAAAACAUCUUCAGCUUUGUAGAGGAAAUCAGCAAGAAAUUGAACCGUCAGAUUAAAGACCUGGAUGACAUAAGAAUAGCUAUGGCUGCCCUGAAAGAGAUCCGAGAGCAACAAAUCCCCAUAGACUUCCAAGUGGGACCAAUUGAGGAAUCUUAUGCAAUGUUAAACAAAUAUGAGUUACUGGUGGCAAAGGAGCAGAUGGAAAAGGUAGACACUUUGCACUAUGCCUGGGAGAAAUUAUUGGUCCGAGGAAAUGAAGUGCAGAAUGAACUAGUAGCUUUGCAGCCCAAAUUCAGAGGGGAGCUAAUCAGCACAGUGGAAGUAUUUGUGGAAGACUGUGAUCAAUACUACUUGGAUUAUGACAAGAAUGGUCCCAUGGUGGAUGGACUUGAACCUCAAGAAGCUAGUGACAGGCUUAUAAUUUUCCAGAACCGAUUUGACAACCUUUUCCGAAAAUACACCACCUACACAGGAGGUGAAGAGCUUUUUGGUUUGCCUGUCACUCAGUACCCUCAGCUCCUUGAGAUAAAGAAGCAGCUGAACUUGUUGCAGAAGCUUUACAGCCUGUACAACAAUGUCAUUGAUACAGUGAAUGGCUACUAUGAUAUCCUCUGGUCAGAUGUAAACAUUGAGAAGAUUAAUAAUGAACUUCUUGAGUUUCAGAACAGGUGCCGUAAGCUACCUCGAGCUUUGAAGGAAUGGCAGGCAUUUCUGGAUCUUAAGAAAACGAUUGAUGACUUCAGUGAAUGUUGUCCUUUGCUUGAGCUGAUGUCCAAUAAAGCCAUGAUGUCACGUCACUGGAAACGCAUCACUGAUCUCACUGUCCAUAGUUUUGAUGUUGAAAAUGAGACUUUCAAACUGAGAAACAUUAUGGAAGCACCUUUGUUGAAAUACAAAGAAGAGAUAGAGGACAUCUGCAUCAGUGCAGUGAAAGAGAGGGACAUUGAACAGAAGCUCAAACAAGUGAUUGCUGAAUGGGACAACAAAACGUUUACUUUUGCUAACUUUAAAACCCGUGGGGAGCUUCUCUUGAGGGGAGACAGCACUUCUGAAACUAUUGCAAGUAUGGAGGACAGCUUGAUGAUUCUGGGCUCCCUAAUGAGCAACAGAUAUAACACACCAUUCAAGGCUCACAUACAAAAAUGGGUACAGUAUCUUUCUAAUACAACUGAUAUUAUUGAGAACUGGAUGAUGGUGCAGAAUUUAUGGAUAUAUUUAGAAGCUGUGUUUGUCGGUGGAGAUAUUGCCAAACAGCUUCCCAAGGAAGCCAAGCGUUUCUCUAAUAUUGAUAAAUCAUGGGUGAAGAUAAUGACCCGAGCCCAUGAAAUACCAAAUGUUGUCCAAUGCUGUGUUGGAGAUGAAACCAUGGGACAAUUACUGCCUCAUUUAUUGGAACAGCUGGAAAUGUGUCAAAAGUCUCUAACAGGUUACUUGGAGAAAAAGAGACUCUCAUUUCCUCGCUUCUUCUUUGUGUCAGACCCUGCUCUCCUGGAGAUCCUGGGCCAAGCUUCAGACUCUCACACAAUACAGGCUCACUUGCUAAAUGUUUUUGACAACAUCAAAACUGUAAAAUUCCAUGAUAAGGUAUAUGACAGAAUUCUUUCCAUUUCCUCUCGGGAAGGUGAGACAAUUGAAUUAGAAAAGCCUGUUAUGGCAGAAGGUAAUGUAGAAGUUUGGCUCAAUUCACUUUUAAAGGAGUCCCAGUCCUCUCUGCACCUUGUGAUUCGACAAGCAGCUGCAAAUAUUCAGGAAGCAGAUUUCCAAUUAACUGAGUUUCUUACUACCUUCCCUGCCCAGGUUGGCUUGCUGGGUAUUCAAAUGAUCUGGACACGAGAAGCUGAAGAAGCUUUGACCAGUGCAAAAUAUGACAAAAAAGUGAUGCAGAGAACAAAUCAGUUUUUCUUAGAACUCUUGAAUACCCUGAUAGAUAUGACUACCAAGGAUCUGAGUUCUGUGGAACGCAUUAAAUAUGAGACACUGAUCACAAUUCAUGUGCACCAAAGAGACAUAUUUGAUGAUCUGUGUCGUAUGCAUAUCAAGAGUCCUACAGAUUUUGAGUGGCUGAAACAAUGCAGGUUUUAUUUCAAAGAUGACGCAGAUAAGAUGAUGGUUAAUAUCACAGAUGUGGCCUUCAUAUAUCAAAAUGAAUUUUUGGGCUGUACAGACCGACUUGUCAUCACACCUCUCACAGACAGGUGUUACAUUACUUUGGCUCAAGCAUUAGGGAUGAGCAUGGGAGGAGCACCAGCAGGACCUGCAGGGACUGGCAAAACAGAAACAACAAAAGACAUGGGAAGGUGCCUUGGAAAAUACGUUGUGGUCUUCAACUGUUCUGACCAGAUGGAUUUUCGAGGACUGGGAAGAAUCUUCAAAGGUCUUGCUCAGUCUGGAUCCUGGGGCUGCUUUGACGAAUUUAACCGCAUUGAUUUACCAGUACUGUCCGUUGCUGCACAGCAAAUUGCAAUUGUUUUGACCUGUAAGAAAGAGCGCAAGAAGAAUUUCAUUUUUACCGAUGGUGAUAAUGUAGAAAUGAAUCCUGAAUUUGGCCUUUUUUUGACAAUGAAUCCUGGGUAUGCUGGUCGUCAGGAGUUACCUGAAAACUUGAAAAUCAACUUCCGCUCAGUGGCAAUGAUGGUUCCUGAUCGCCAGAUCAUCAUCCGUGUCAAACUGGCUAGUUGUGGCUUCAUUGAUAACAUUGUGCUUGCAAGGAAGUUCUUUACUCUGUAUAAACUCUGUGAAGAGCAACUGUCUAAGCAGGUGCAUUAUGACUUUGGUCUGAGAAAUAUAUUGUCAGUACUACGGACCUUGGGAGCAGCCAAAAGAUCAAACCCAGAUGACACUGAAUCCACUAUUGUAAUGCGUGUUUUAAGAGAUAUGAAUCUUUCUAAAUUGAUAGAUGAAGAUGAACCCUUAUUUUUGAGUUUGAUAGAAGAUCUUUUCCCAAGUAUACAGCUUGACAAGGCAGGCUAUCCAGAGCUAGAAGCUGCCAUUAGCAAACAGGUUGAAGAGGCUGGCUUAAUUAAUCACCCACCAUGGAGACUGAAAGUUAUCCAGCUGUUUGAAACACAGCGAGUAAGGCAUGGCAUGAUGGCUCUAGGUCCUAGUGGAGCAGGAAAAACGACAUGCAUCCACACACUGAUGAAAUCCAUGACAGAUUGUGGCCAACCCCACCGUGAAAUGAGAAUGAAUCCAAAGGCCAUCACUGCACCUCAGAUGUUUGGACGCCUUGAUGUUGCAACCAAUGACUGGACAGAUGGGAUAUUCUCUACACUUUGGAGGAAAACUUUGAGAGCCAAGAAAGGGGAACACAUCUGGAUAGUACUCGAUGGUCCUGUUGAUGCCAUUUGGAUUGAAAAUCUGAAUUCAGUGCUUGAUGAUAACAAAACAUUGACCCUAGCUAAUGGAGAUCGGAUCCCUAUGGCACCAAAUUGUAAAAUUGUUUUUGAGCCUCAUAAUAUUGACAAUGCUUCUCCUGCAACAGUGUCAAGGAAUGGCAUGGUAUUUAUGAGCUCAUCUGUUCUCAGCUGGAGCCCUGUUCUUGAGGGUUUUCUGAAGAAGCGUUCUCCGCAGGAAGCAGAGAUUUUGCGUCAGCUAUAUACAACCUCCUUCCCGGACCUUUACCGGUUUAGUAUUCAGUCUUUGGAAUACAAGAUUGAGAUGCUAGAAGCGUUUGUGAUAAUGCAGAGUAUUAAACUUCAGGGUCUUAUUCCCUGCAAGGACCAAGGAGUAGAAAUCACAGCAGAGUACCUGGAAAGAUUGUACAUCUUCUCCCUGAUGUGGAGUGUUGGAGCAAUGCUGGAAUUGGAAGACCGUUGGAAGAUGGAGCACUGGCUUCGUAGUAAUGAAACUAUAAAUCUUGAUCUUCCUAAUAUCCCAGAAGGAAGUGAAGACACUAUGUUUGACUACUAUGUUACCAGUGAUGGUAAAUGGAUGCACUGGAAUACCUGUGUUGAAGAAUAUGUGUAUCCUACCAACAGCACUCCAGAAUAUGGCUCUAUUUUGGUGCCAAAUGUUGACAAUGUGAGGACUGAUUUCCUUAUCCAUACAAUCGCAAAACAAGGCAAGGCUGUUCUGCUAAUUGGUGAACAAGGGACUGCUAAGACUGUCAUCAUCAAAGGUUACAUGUCAAAAUAUAACCCUGAAAAUCACAUGGCUAAGAGCCUUAACUUUUCAUCAGCAACAACUCCUUUAAUGUUUCAGCGCACAAUAGAAAGCUAUGUGGACAAACGCAUGGGCACAACAUAUGGCCCUCCUGCAGGAAAGAAAAUGACUGUCUUCAUCGAUGAUGUGAAUAUGCCUGUAAUCAAUGAAUGGGGAGACCAGGUCACUAAUGAGAUCGUUAGGCAGUUGAUGGAGCAAAAUGGAUUUUAUAAUUUGGAGAAGCCUGGAGAGUUCACCAACAUUGUCGAUAUCCAGUUUUUGGCUGCCAUGAUACAUCCUGGUGGUGGACGAAAUGACAUCCCUCAGAGACUGAAGAGACAGUUUUGUGUGUUUAAUUGCACCCUGCCUUCCAACUCAUCCAUUGACAAGAUUUUUGGUGUGAUUGGCACAGGGCAUUAUUGUAGCCAAAGAGGCUUUUUGGAAGAAGUGAGAGCAACAGUUGCUAAGCUGGUCCCAUUGACCCGGCGGUUGUGGCAAAUGACCAAGAUCAAAAUGCUGCCAACUCCAGCCAAAUUCCAUUAUGUGUUCAAUCUCCGGGACCUUUCCAGGAUCUGGCAAGGGAUGCUUAAUACUAUUUCAGAAGUAAUCAGUGAAUCCAAUGUGCUCAUUAGGCUAUGGAAGCAUGAAUGUAAGCGUGUUAUUGCUGAUCGUUUCACAAAUCCUGAAGACGUGGAGUGGUUUGAUCAGGCACUGGCAAAGCUGAUUGAAGGAGAACUUGGUAGUGAUAAGGCAGCACUAGUGGCACUCAACAAAGAUGCUUUCUUUGUUGAUUUCUUAAGAGAUGCACCUGAAGCAACAGGAGAAGAACCAGAGGAAGCAGAAGCUGACAUGCCUAAAAUAUAUGAACCCAUUGAAUCUUUCGAUGCCCUGAAGGAACGUUUAAACAUGUUUUUACAAAUAUAUAAUGAGAGUAUCCGUGGGACAGGAAUGGAUUUGGUGUUUUUUACAGAUGCUAUGAUUCAUUUAAUAAAGAUCUCUCGUGUGAUUCGCACUCCCCGUGGAAAUGCCCUACUUGUUGGUGUUGGAGGAUCUGGAAAGCAGAGCUUGACAAAACUGGCAUCAUUCAUAGCAGGCUAUGAUAUGUUCCAGAUCACAUUAACAAGAUCCUAUAAUACGUCUAAUUUGAUGGAAGACUUGAAGCAUCUGUAUAAGACAGCCGGACAGCAAGGAAAAGGAAUCAGUUUCAUUUUUACAGAUAAUGAAAUAAAAGAUGAAGCUUUCCUGGAGUAUAUGAACAAUGUUCUAUCAUCAGGAGAAGUUUCCAACUUGUUUGCUCGUGAUGAAAUUGAUGAAAUCAUUGGCGAUCUCAUUCCAGUUAUGAAGAAGCAGCAUCCACGACGUCCUCCCACCAAUGAGAAUGUAUAUGAUUAUUUCAUGAGUAGAGUUCUCCAGAACCUGCAUGUGGUUCUUUGUUUUUCACCAGUGGGUGAAAAAUUCCGAAACAGAGCUUUGAAGUUCCCUGCCCUCAUUUCUGGUUGCACUAUAGACUGGUUCAGCCGCUGGCCCAAAGACGCCCUGGUUGCAGUAUCGGAGCAUUUCUUGUCAUCAUAUGAAAUUGAUUGUACUGAAGAUAUCAAAAAAGAGAUGGUGCAGUGUAUGGGUUCCUUCCAAGAUGGAGUUGCUGAAAAAUGUGUUGACUACUUUCAAAGAUAUCGUCGAUCUACCCAUGUGACUCCCAAAUCUUAUUUGUCCUUUAUUCAAGGAUAUAAAGCUAUAUACAAAGAAAAACAUGCUGAGGUGCAGACCUUGGCCAACAGAAUGAAUACUGGAUUGGAGAAGCUGAAAGAGGCUUCUGAAUCCGUGGCAGCUUUGAGUAAAGAGUUGGAAGCCAAAGAGAAAGAACUUAAGAUUGCCAAUGAAAAAGCUGAUAUGGUGUUAAAAGAAGUCACAGUGAAAGCCCAGGCUGCUGAAAAGGUGAAAGCAGAAGUUCAGAAAGUGAAGGACAAAGCCCAGGCUAUUGUAGACAGCAUUUCGGCAGACAAGGGUAUCGCUGAAGAAAAAUUAGAGGCUGCUAAACCUGCUUUAGAAGAGGCUGAGGCUGCUUUGCAGACAAUCAAGCCUGCAGACAUUGCCACUGUCCGCACGCUGGGUCGGCCACCUCAUCUUAUCAUGCGUAUCAUGGACUGUGUAUUGCUGCUGUUCCAGAGGAAAGUAAAUGCUACCAAGAUAGACCUGGAGAAAAACUGCAUUAUGCCAUCAUGGCAGGAGUCCUUGAAACUGAUGACAGCAGGAAACUUCUUACAGAACUUGCAGCAAUUUCCAAAAGAUACAAUUAAUGAAGAAGCAGUGGAACUCUUGAGCCCUUAUUUUGAAAUGGCAGAUUACAAUAUUGAGACAGCUAAGAGAGUUUGUGGAAAUGUGGCUGGCCUUUGCUCAUGGACCAAAGCAAUGGCUGCCUUCUUCGCUAUCAAUAAGGAAGUUCUACCUUUAAAGGCAAAUCUGGCAGUCCAGGAGAAUCGUCUGACUACAGCCAUGUUAGAUCUACAGAAAGCCCAAGCUGAAUUGGAUGCCAAGCAGGCUGAGCUGGAUAUUGUGCAGGCUCAAUAUGAAAAGGCUACGUUGGAGAAACAGACAUUGCUUGAAGAUGCAGAACGCUGCAGGCAUAAAAUGCAGACUGCUUCCAGUCUUAUUAGUGGGUUGGCUGGUGAAAAGGAGAGAUGGACUGAACAAAGUAAAGAGUUUGCAGCCCAAACCAAGAGGCUUGUGGGGGAUGUACUUCUGGCCACAGCCUUUCUGUCCUAUUCUGGUCCUUUUAAUCAAGAGUUCCGUAAUCUUUUGUUAACCAGCUGGCAAAAAGAAAUGAAAACUCGGAAAAUCCCAUUUGGAAAUAAUCUCAAUCUCACAGAGAUGCUGAUUGAUGCUCCAACUGUCAGUGAGUGGAACCUUCAAGGGCUGCCAAAUGAUGAUCUGUCAAUUCAGAAUGGCAUCAUUGUCACAAAGGCAGCUCGUUACCCUCUUCUGAUUGAUCCACAAACUCAGGGCAAGAUUUGGAUUAAGAACAAAGAAACCAGGAAUGAGCUUCAGAUCACUUCCCUGAAUCACAAGUAUUUUAGAAACCACUUGGAGGAUAGUCUCUCUCUUGGAAGGCCACUGUUAAUCGAAGAUGUUGGUGAGGAGUUGGAUCCAGCUUUGGACCAUGUAUUGGAAAAAAACUUCAUCAAAACAGGUUCUACGUACAAAGUAAAAGUCGGGGAUAAAGAAAUGGAUGUGAUGAAUGGCUUCAGACUUUAUAUUACCACCAAGCUUCCAAAUCCAGCCUAUACCCCUGAAAUUAGUGCUCGCACCUCGAUAAUUGAUUUCACUGUCACUAUGAAGGGUCUGGAAGAUCAGCUUCUAGGGAGAGUCAUUCUAACAGAAAAACAGGAGUUGGAGAAAGAGCGAACUGAUCUUAUAGAAGAUGUGACAGCUAACAAAAGGAAGAUGAAAGAACUGGAAGAUAACUUACUGUAUCGACUGACAAGCACACAAGGCUCUCUGGUGGAAGAUGAGAGUCUCAUCACUGUACUUAGUAACACAAAAAAAACAGCAGAAGAGGUGACCCAGAAACUGCAAAUAUCAGUUGAGACUGAAGUACAGAUUAACUCAGCUCGGGAGGAAUACAGACCAGUUGCUACCAGAGGCAGCAUUCUCUAUUUUCUGAUAACUGAGAUGAGUAUGGUAAAUGUCAUGUAUCAAACUUCACUCCGACAGUUUUUGGGCCUGUUUGAUCUUUCACUUGCAAGGUCUGUCAAGAGCCCAAUUACAAGCAAAAGAAUAGCAAAUAUCAUUGAGCAUAUGACCUAUGAAGUGUAUAAGUAUGCCGCACGAGGGCUUUAUGAAGAGCAUAAGUUUCUGUUCACGUUGCUGCUUACCUUGAAGAUUGAUUUGCAGCGGGGCAAAGUCAAACAUGAGGAGUUCCUAACACUGAUUAAAGGUGGUGCUUCUUUGGAUCUGAAAGCUUGUCCUUCUAAACCAGCUAGAUGGAUCCUGGAUAUGACUUGGUUGAACUUGGUGGAGCUCAGUAAAUUAAGACAAUUUUCAGAUGUUCUUGACCAAAUCUCACGAACAGAAAAACAGUGGAAAAUUUGGUUUGAUAAGGAAAAACCAGAAGAAGAACUUGUUCCUAGUGGCUAUGACCAAGCUCUGGACUGCUUCAGACGUCUACUCCUUAUUAGGUCUUGGUGUCCUGAUAGAACUAUUGCUCAGGCUAGGAAGUACAUUAUGGAUACCAUGGGAGAAAAAUAUGCAGAAGGGGUCAUUUUAGAUUUGGAGAAGACUUGGGAAGAAUCUGAUCCACGCACACCUCUCAUCUGCUUCCUGUCCAUGGGCUCUGAUCCUACUGAUUCAAUCAUUGCUUUGGGGAAAAGGUUGAAAAUUGAGACGCGCUAUGUUUCUAUGGGCCAAGGACAAGAGGUCCAUGCACGUAAACUUCUGCAGCAAACUAUGGCUCAUGGUGGAUGGGCCCUCUUGCAGAACUGCCACUUGGGACUUGACUUUAUGGAUGAGCUGAUGGACACUAUUAUGGAAACGGAGACUGUUCAUGAGGCUUUUCGCUUAUGGAUGACUACAGAGGUUCACAAGCACUUUCCUAUUACCCUUCUACAGAUGUCUAUAAAAUUCACUAAUGAACCUCCCCAGGGGCUUAAAGCUGGCCUAAAGAGAACUUAUGGAGGUGUGAGUCAAGAUCUCUUGGAUAUCAGUAACAUGGUGCAAUGGAAGCCAAUGUUGUAUGCUGUGGCCUUCGUCCACUCCACCGUCCAAGAGAGAAGGAAAUUUGGACCUUUAGGAUGGAAUAUUCCUUAUGAAUUCAACCAAGCCGAUUUCAAUGCCACAGUACAGUUUGUUCAGAACCAUUUGGAUGACAUGGACAUCAAAAAGGGUGUGUCUUGGAAUACUGUUCGUUAUAUGAUUGGGGAAAUUCAGUAUGGUGGAAGGGUUACAGAUGACUAUGACAAAAGACUCCUUAACACAUUUGCUAAAGUGUGGUUCAGUGAAAACAUGUUCAGCCAAGAUUUCUCGUUUUACAAAGGAUACAAUAUACCUAAGUGUACUGCAGUGGAUCAGUACCUGCACUACAUACAGAGCUUGCCUGCUUAUGAUACUCCAGAAGUCUUUGGGCUGCAUCCCAACGCUGAUAUUACUUACCAGAGCAAACUUGCAAAAGAUGUGCUAGACACAAUCCUCAGCAUUCAGCCCAAAGAUAGCUCCAGCGGAGGUGGUGAAACCCGAGAAGCUGUGGUGGCCAGGCUAGCUGAUGAUAUGCUGGAGAAACUUCCUGCAGAUUAUGUACCUUUCGAAGUAAAGGAAAGGCUUCAGCAAAUGGGACCAUUUCAGCCCAUGAACAUCUUUCUGCGGCAGGAAAUUGACCGAAUGCAAAGGAUUAUUGCUCUGGUGCGAAACACCUUGACAGAUCUUAAACUUGCCAUUGAUGGAACCAUAAUCAUGAAUGAGAACCUCAGGGAUGCUCUGGAUUGUAUGUACGAUGCCCGGAUCCCAGAGCGCUGGAGGAAGGCAUCUUGGGCUUCCAGCACGCUUGGGUUUUGGUUUACCGAACUUCUUGAAAGAAACCGCCAAUUUCAUUCUUGGAUUUUUGAGAGACGACCAAACUGUUUUUGGAUGACAGGAUUCUUUAAUCCCCAGGGAUUUUUAACUGCAAUGAGACAGGAAAUCACAAGAGCAAACAAGGGAUGGGCACUUGACAGUGUAGUGCUGUGCAGUGAGGUCACAAAAUGGAUGAAUGACGACAUCUCAACUCCUCCUCCUGAAGGAGUCUAUGUAUAUGGUCUCUACCUAGAAGGAGCUGGGUGGGACAAAAGGAACAUGAAGCUCAUCGAAUCUAAACCUAAGGUGCUGUUCGAACCAAUGCCUGUGAUAAGAAUAUAUGCAGAAAACAACACCUCAAAAGAUCCACGCCUAUACUCAUGUCCAAUCUACAAAAAACCAAUUCGGACAGAUCUGAAUUACAUCGCUGCAGUGGACCUACGGACCACCCACCCACCUGAACAUUGGAUAUUACGUGGCGUUGCCUUAUUAUGUGAUGUCAAGUAA